CCGCCCGGAACCUCCUAGGCUGCACAGCGAGCGGCUGUGUGUGAAGCCGAGAGCGGCUAAGGAGGGACCGGUUCCGGCUUCCGCACACUCACUCACCGCAGAGGAGAAGCCGGGCGGCUGCCGGAGGAGCGGGCCAGAAAGUGAAAAAUGCCUAAAAAGAAGACAGGUGCACGCAAGAAGGCCGAGAAUCGUCGAGAACGUGAAAAGCAGAUAAGAGCUUCAAGGGGCAACAUAGAUUUAGCUAAACAUCCUUGUAAUGCUUCAAUGGAAUGUGAUAAAUGCCAAAGACGACAGAAGAAUAGAGCAUUCUGCUACUUUUGUAGUUCUGUUCAAAAAUUGCCUAUUUGUGCACACUGUGGGAAAACAAAAUGUAUGAUGAAGUCUUCAGACUGUGUUAUAAAACAUGCUGGUGUGUACAGUACUGGCCUUGCAAUGGUGGGUGCAAUCUGUGAUUUCUGUGAAGCUUGGGUCUGCCAUGGUAGGAAGUGUCUCAGCACACAUGCUUGUAUCUGCCCUCUUGCAGAUGCAGAAUGCAUUGAGUGUGAAAGAAGCGUCUGGGAUCACGGAGGCAGAAUAUUCAGCUGCUCUUUUUGUCAUAAUUUCCUCUGCGAAGAUGAUCAGUUUGAGCAUCAAGCCAGCUGCCAAGUUUUGGAGGCAGAGACAUUUAAAUGUGUUUCCUGUAAUCGGCUUGGGCAGCAUUCAUGCCUGCGUUGUAAGGCUUGUUUCUGUGAUGAUCACACCCGAAGCAAGGUUUUUAAGCAAGAAAAGGGAAAAGAGCCUCCUUGCCCUAAAUGUGGGCAUGAAACUCAGGAGACAAAGGAUCUGAGCAUGUCAAUACGCUCUCUGAAGUUUGGCCGGCAGACAGGCAGUGAAGAGGCAGAUGGAGCUUCUGGCUAUGAUGCCUACUGGAAGAACCUCUCAUCGGGUAAGGAUGGAGAUGCAGGUGACCAUGACGACGAAUAUGAAGAGGAUGAAGCAGAGGAUGAUGAUGAGGAGGGAGGGAAGGAUUCUGAAACAGAGACCACAGAUUUAUUCAGUAACUUGAAUUUAGGAAGGACCUAUGCUAGUGGCUAUGCCCACUAUGAAGAAGCGGAAGACUAAGAUUACAUAGUGGGGAGCUCUAUAGCAUUUGGAAGGAAUAAGUAUAGGAGUGCUUUAUGCGUGCCACUAGAAUAGCUCUGCCAGGCACUUAAGCUUCAAAGUGUAUUAGGGAAAAAGGGCAUGGAACUUCUGUAGAAACUCAAGUGUAUGUGUGUGGAGGAAAACAGAUAAAUGUUCAUAUUCAUGCAAGUAACCAAAGUGGUUUUGAUCUCAUGAUUACUGAGUGUAAUAGCUUAAUGUCUUCUCCCCCCACCAAGUUGGGAGUGUAGGAGGGUAAAGGGAUUUGUUUCCAUCUGUUCAUCAGAAAUUAAGUUAUUUUUCUUGAGUAAUUUUGACUGUAAUUCUGUAAUCUGAUUUCAUAAAUUAUAUGUAGUGGUGUAAGUGGGUGGCUGUAUUCAUUUUUGGCUUACAAAAUAAAGGUCAGCAGCAUUCUGUAGUGAGUUUUCAUAAAUAUUGAUCUGGACUGAGUACUAGGAAAGCACUUACUGCAGGCCUAUCAUGAGCCAAAUAUAAACUGAAAUUAAAAUAACUACCAUUUCAUGUAGGCGAGGCAGAUCAAUACAUUUCCUCAUAACAUAAUCAUUCCAUGCCUUUUGAACAUUAUACAUUAAUCAUAGACAUUAUGUACAGUCACCUACGGUGUCACCUACAUACAUAAGAUCAGAAGGUUUAUUUAUCACAAUAAAAAUGUUAAUGUAUCCUUCCUACCCAAUAAAAGCAUCAUUUUCUUUUA